AUGAUUGAGAAUCCUCAUCAUCUUGGAUCGAGAAUUCCCGAACCCAAGAACCAGGGGCCUGGUUGUUCUUCUCUUGCAUUUGGAGCCAUGACAGAACUCGGAGCUUUCUGUGUUCACAUCGCAAACGUCCUAUUUUUUGAAUCGCCAGCAGGAGUAGGUUUUUCAUACUCAAACACAACAUCAGAUUACUCAGUAGUAGUAGGCGAUACGAAAACCGCACACGAUAAUUACAUAUUCCUAUUGAAUUGGCUUGAAAGAUUUCCCGAGUAUAAAUCCAGAGAUUUCUACAUCUCCGGCGAGAGUUACGCCGGACAUUACGUUCCUCAACUUGCACACACCAUUUUUCAACACAACAAAUCUGCAAAGAAGAAUCGCUUUAUAAACUUCAAAGGAUUAAUGAUUGGAAAUGCUGUGAUUAAUGAAGGGACAGAUAGUGCUGGGAUGUACGAUUAUUUCGCAUCUCAUGCCCUAAUUUCUGAUGAACAUGGAAAGCAAAUUCGGAAAACCUGCAAUUUCUCAGCAGAUGAAGUCAGUAUUGAAUGCAAAAAGCAUAUAGAUGCAUCCGAUGCCAAUACUUUUAAUGUUGACGGUCUUAAUAUCUACAACAUUUACGCUCCAAUCUGCAAAAAUUCUCAAGUCACUCUACUUCCUAAGAAAACCUCUAUAAGGAAUAUUGAUCCUUGCAUUGACCAAUAUACAUAUACUUAUCUGAAUAGUCCAGAUGUCCAAAAAGCCAUCCAUGCUAAUGUCACUAACCUCACUUAUGAUUGGGAACCAUGCAGUGGGGACGUAGAUGGAAGGGUACCCGUUACUUCAAGGGAAUACUCUAUUGCUUCAAUGAAACUCCCCAUCAAGAAUGAAUGGCGUCCUUGGGUUGGUGGGUAUGUUCAAGUUUAUAAAGGAGAUUUGACAUUUGCAACGGUUAGAGGAGCCGGACAUGAGGUGCCAAGUUAUGAGCCUGCAAGAGCUCUUACUCUAAUUGCUUCAUUCCUCAAGGGAAAGCCUCUUCCAGCUUUCCAAGAUCAAAAUUAA